AUGGACGCCCCAUCCUCAACCCCUCCCCAGGCAAUUCCUUCCUCUUCUCCCAAUUCCGCCUACCCUCCCUUGAAACCUCCUCCUGGUAUGGCCUCUCCGUCGCUCUCUUCCCUACCCUCUCCCGUACCCUCUCCCAUGCCCACUGAUAGAGGAGGGAUGUACGACUUUCGGCGGUCAAUCUCCGCUCAGACCGAACGGGAGUCCCAAAAACCACCUGCCAGGGCUGGGAGGCUGGAAAGGUCUGGCAAGUCAGGGGGGCUGGGCGCAGAUCUGCUGUCUGACACACCGAAAGAGCGUGCCGGUCUGCCCAAGACGCCGAGGGCAGGAACCGAUCUUCCUGGAACCUCCAAGGGACGCAGCGGGCUGCCGAAAACGCCGAGAACGUCGAGAACGGCGGAAGGGGAUAGCGCCUUUCGUAAGUCGCCAACAGCAAGGAGCGAGCAGCCCAAGACCCCUGAAGCAGGCAAUGAGGUGCCCAAAACCCUUCCCAGAGCACGAACUGAGCUGGGGCUGAUGGCCCCAAGGGGGCAAAGGGAGCUGUUCAAGACCGCCAAAGCUGCCGUUGGUGCUGGUGGUGGUAGUGGUGCUGUUGGUGGCACUGCUGGUGCUGUCGGUGCUGCUGGUGGCGCUGCUGGUGCUGCUGCUGGUGCUAGUGGUGCUGUUACUGCUUCAAGUCCACGGGACGCAAUGGAUGAAGCUGCUGACGGCAGCAAUGCGUCAUCAACGCUGACAGCGGGUGGCGGCGGCGGUGGUGGUGGUGGUGGUGGUGGUGAGAGAAGCGGCAGGAAGAGCAGGAUGAUGAAGGCAGUGCUGAAGCUGUUUGGGAAGAGCCGGGGGAAAGGCCAGAGCCAGAGCCAGAGGCAGAGUGAGAGGCAGAGCCAGGGCGAGAACAAGAACAGCACGCAGGGAGCACCUGCAGAUGCUCCAGCUAGCCAGAUCACCCCUUCACUGAAUUCCCGUUCCCUUAAGGGGCUGGAUGUUGCUGGGUCUGCUUUUGGGGGCUCGUUUUGCUCUCUGGCUGCUGCCGCUGUUGUUGAUGCUGCUGGUGGUGCUGCUUCUGGUGCUGCUUCUGGUGCUGGUGCUGGUGCUGGUGCUGGUGCUGUUGUUGAUGCUGCUGGUGGUGCUGCUUCUGGUGCUGGUGCUGGUGCUGGUGCUGGUGCUGGUGCUGGUGCUGCUUCUGGUGCUGGUGCUGGUGCUGGUGCUGGUGCUAGUGCUGGUGCUGGUGCUGCUUCUGGUGCUGGUGAUGAUGCUGAAUCUGUUGGUGACCUUGACGCUGAUGCAGGAGAGACACUCUUCGACCUCCCAUACUCAUCCAAUGGUCACCACCAUGACGAGUUUUACGCUGACUUCACGAUGCCUCUUUCCGAAAGCCCCACAUCUCUUUACGGCAACACUAACAGCAGCACGGACGUGUUGACUCGCUUCAAGCGUGCUCUCUCUGACAAGACCGAGCGACCCCUGCCUCUUUUUGAGGACGUUCUUUAUCCGGGCAGCAGUCCACGCCUUCCUGACAGCAGCACUGAUGUGUUGGCCCGCUUCAAACGCGCUCUCUCUGACAACACUGAGCGGCCCCGGCACGACUCCCCACAGCACAGCCCAUACGCUGCUGCUGCGGCAUCUGGAGGUGGGGGAGGAGGAGGAGUAGCAGGAGGGGGAGGAGCUUUUGGGCUCUCUCCCACGUCCGUCCCACGCCCCGUCUCUCGCUGGCACAGGAGGAGCCGGUCUCUCACAAUGCUGCAGCGAGCCUACGGUUCGGCCAGUGAGUUCCUGGGCUCGAGUGAUCUGGAUCUGCUCCUGCUGCAAGAAGCACCUGAAUCAGAUGAGUCACAGGAAUUUCAGGGGUUGCAGGCAUUGCAGGGAGCAGCGGCAGCACGGGAAGGACAGGAGGCUCAACCGCAAGCUGCACCUGCAGCAGCAGCAGCAGCAGCAGUAGGAAAAGCAGAAGCAGUAGCAGCAGUAGCUGCAGCAGAAGCAGCAGCAGAAGAAGAAGAUGCAGAAGGGGAGGGAGGGAAGGAGGAGCAGGAGUCACUUGAGUCUCGGUUGAGGCGGUGGCAUGAGAGCAUGGGUGCCUCAUCUUCCUUCUCCCCCUCACAUCCUCCCCCCAGAGGGCUCUUUGUGCCCGGCCUGCCCCACUGGACCAAGCGGUCGCUCCCUCGCUCGCUGCGCAUCUCCCGCUCGCUGCUCUCCUUUCAAGAGCGAGCGCUGCUGGAGCACCGUCAAGAGACCGCCCUCCUGCAGGGCAUGGCUGGCAGAUUAGAUGGGAAAAACGAUGGCGAGAAGGACGGUGAAAACGAUCCGUGGAGUGUGAGGAAUGGGGAGAGUGACGAAGCGAUUGGCGAGGGGAGCAAGGAGGAGAGGAACAAGAGGAGAGCGAGGAGGUGUGCUCGAGCCAACAGCGACGGAGGUGUGGGCUCCCUGCUGUCAGCAGCAGCAGCAGCAGUAGCAGCACCGGUGUCCCCUGGCGAGUCGAUUCGAGCGGCCGUGACGGUUUACUCGGCUUCCAGGGAGUUCUGGCGCCCCCCCUCCACCCCCAAGCCUGUGAAGCAAGCCAAGGUGUGCCUCCCCAUGUACUCCCCCCCUGUGCCGCCCAUCGGCCUCGAGAAGCUGAUGGAGGGCGGGACUGGGGCAGGUGGGACUGGUGGGUUUGCUGGAUUUGGUGGGGGAGGGGGGUGGGGGUUUGGUGCAGGCUGGUGGGGUGCGGUAGAGGGAGCAGGGGAAGAAAGGAAGGAGGGGACAGGAGAGGCUGGGUGGCUGGGGUUUGAAGGGUUGGUGGAUGCGGCACGGGGGAUGAUGUGGAGGGGAGGAGAUGAAGGUGGGGAGGGGGCAAAGGAGGAGGAGAAAGAGGGGAGUUUACGUGCAGCUACAGGGAAGGAGGGUAUUGGGUACCAGGAAGGAGGGAGAGAGGCCGUGGAAGGAGAAGAGAAGGGUUUGACUGUAGAAAAGGAGGGAAAAUGUUUUGAGAAAGGAGAUGAGGAGGGAGAUACAGGGGGGAUUGCAGGAGAGGAAGGAACAAAGGGAGGUGGGUGA